AUGAGCAACCUUCAUGCGCCCACUGUCCCCUCGGGACCGACAUCUGCUCCUGUUUCCAACGGCAAUGCUGCCCAUUUAUCCUUUGCUGAGCUCCAGCGCAAGAAGGAUGCUAUCGAGGGGGAGCUCAAGGCCCUCGGUGGAGUGCUUGAUUCGCACGGCGUUGACAUGAACACAAACCUCCUUACUCCCGAUGGUUUUCCCAGAUCCGAUCUCGAUGUUGCGCAAAUCCGAACAACAAGGUCGCGCAUCAUCCAUCUUCGCAACGAUUACAAGGAGUUGAUGAACUUGAUCGAGAAGCGCCUGCAUGAGCAUUUCGCCAGCAUCAAGGACGACGACGAGGAGUCAGCACCUAUCCCCACCGAUCAGUCCGCGCCGCUACCAGAUUCGGUGCCUGAGGUUCUAGAGCAGCCCUUCGCCAAGGUCAACAGUGUCGUCGACAACAGCCCAGCGGCCACAGCAGGUCUAAAAGCCGGUGAUCUGAUCCGCAGCUUUGGUUAUGUCAACCUGUCCAACCAUGACAACCUCAGGAAGGUGGCAGAGUGUGUUCAGGGCAAUGAAGGGCAAAAUAUUCUUGUCAAGGUCUCUCGGAGCACUGCAGGUACGCGAACCCAAGAGCUUCGACUGACGUUGACUCCUCGCCGCGACUGGGGCGGUAGAGGCAUGCUUGGAUGCCACAUCUUCCCACUAUGA